AUGGCUUUGCAAGUUGUGCUGUCACAAGCGACGGGGCAGAGCUUCGAAGUGAGGGCCGGAGUGGCUGAAACCCUCGGGUGUUUCAAGCAAAGAUUGGCUGAAAAGUUCGGAGUUGCCACUGCUGGCAUACGAUUGGAGCACAACAAGAAGACCUUGCUCGACGACACCCUUGCAUUAGAAGCGCUUCUGCAACCUGGUGAGGAGCCCACCGAUCCUUCACAACUGCUCUUGCAAUUUGGUUUGCGGGAUGGCGAAGAAACCGGCCAGCUCCAGAAGUUGACCAGCUGCUCGCGUGAGGAAGUAACCGGUUUUCUUGGAAGGCUGGCCCUCAGGGCGCUGAGCAAAGAUGUCAUCCUUACAGCGGUUCGGCGAGCUCCAGAAGUCUUAGGCCGAAUUGGCAGCUGGCAGGAUGACAAGGAGGUUGUGUUGACUGCAGUCGGGCACGACGGGAUGGCGCUUGAACUGGCUUCUGAAGCACUGAAGGAGGACGAGGAAGUCGUCCUGACUGCUGUGGCGCAGAACGGCUUUGCACUGGAGUUUGCCGCCAGGGCGGGAAGAGCCAAUCCGAAGGUCGUGGCGGUCGCCGUGGAUCAGACUGGGACGGCCCUCCGCCACACUACAGAUGCCCUACGUGCAGAUCGCAUCACCGUCCUCGCAGCAGUCUCAAGCGACGGGCUGGCGCUAAGGCAUGCAUCAGAUGAGCUCAGGGCCGAUGAGGAGGUGGUCUUAGCGGCUGUCCGGCAAUGCGGCGAGGCCCUGCGCUUUGCCAAAGCCGUGUGCAAGGCCAAGGCUGCCGUCGUCGCCGAAGCCGUGCGACACCAGGGCAGGCGCCUCCCUCACACCGGCGCCAAGCCGCUCUUCUUCGGAUCUUCGCGUUGCGCAGGGCCUUGCGGCAUGCAGCUUCAAGCUGCAGAGCAGACGCAGUCAUCUUGUCCAUCGCUGUGGAGCAGGCGACGAAUCCAAGCAGCCCACCAGGAUGCGCUUGCCCUUGAGUUUGCCUCUGACGAGGGCAAGUCGGACAAGGAGCUGGUCCUGGCUGCCGUGCGUCAAAAUGGUUUGGCCUUGGAGUUUGCAGCGAAAGUGCUGCGAUCGGACCCAGAGGUCGUCUUGGCAGCCGUAGACAACCAUGGCCAAGCCCUCCGCCACGCCGACGCCCUCCGAUGGGACCAGCGAAUGGUGCUGCGAGCCGUGGCUCAGGAUGUCGAGGUCCUGGAGGACGCACCUCAAGCUUUGAAAGGAGACCGGAGCUUCGCGCUGGAGGCCGUGCGAGUUUGUGGCACCGCUCUGAAGCACCUACCGGCCUUUGCUUCUGACCGCGAAGUUGUGCUGGCGGCCGUGCCGCAUGCUGGCGUGCUUGGGUGGGCUUCAGCCGAGCUGAGAAGAGAUCCCGGUCUCGUUUGUGCUUUUUUGCGCUACGACUCCUCCGCGGUGCUGUACGCCGACGACGCCUUGACACGGAACCGCGAGUUCGUCCUCCUCGCCCUAAGGGUCAAUCCGCAAGCACUUGCAUACUUGCAAGACUUCCAGAGAGAUCGCCAGAUGGUACUGCAAGCCGUGGUGGGCGAUGGGAGCAUGCUGUGCUAUGCAUCAGAAGAGCUGCGGAUGGACGAGGACUUUGUACUAGAAGCUUUUGCCGCAGCUCCUGAAUCUCUCCGGCAUGCUGCAGCUCUACUCUUCGAAGAUGACGACUUCGUACUGAGAGCUGUCACUUGCAAUCCAUGUGCGCUUGGCCUCGCCUCGCACGACGUGAGAUCAGACCCCGAAUUCGUGCUGCAAGCCAUCGAAGUAAACCCUGCUGUUUUGGAGUACAGCACAUUCGAGCUGCGGCAAGACCGCGACUUUCUGUUCAAAGCUGCUUGCCAGACGCCAGCAGUCUUGCAGCAUGUGGACGACCAGUCUGAACUGGAUGAUGAUUUUCUGUUGGACAUUAUCACCGUGCGUGCCGAUGCCGUGUCAUGCAUGCCUGCCGGGCGGCGUGCCGACAAGGACUUUGGCCUCCGAGCGGUGCAGCGCAAUGCCUCCGCCCUGAGAUACUUGGGGAUGAACGACACGGACUUUGCCCUGGAGGCUUUGCAGCUGCGUGGAGACGCGCUGGCCUUCGCCUCGGGCGAGCUGCAAGCGGACAAGACUGCGGUCCUGCAGGCCGUUCGCAGCUCGGGCACAGCGCUCUCCUUCGCCUCAGAAGCAUUGCGCAAUGACCCAGACGUUUGCCUCGCGGCUGUCCAGUCCGAUCCCAUGGCUCUACGCUUCGUGGCAGAGAGUUUCAAAGCAGAUCGAAGAUUUGUGUUUCCAGCUAUCAAGGAGAAUGGCCGGGUUUUCGCCUACAUCUCCGAGGAGCUGAGAGGUGAUGAGGAGCUGGUCUUGGCCGCGCUCGCGACGGAUCCUGGAGCCCUCAUGAAAGCUCCGUCGGCUCUACGCUUACAAAGGCAGUUCGUGUGCCGGGCUGUUCGUCAAGCUGGUAUGUCGCUGGAGCACGUGGGCAGCGAACGGAACGACGAAGAGGUGGUGAAGGAAGCCUUGAGCCAGGACGCAUCUGCUUUCCAGUUCAUUGGCGAGCAGCUCCGGAACAGCAGCCGUUUCCUCGGGGACGUCUUGCUUCGAUUUGGUUUGUCCGAUGACUUUGCCACUGAGCCGGAGCGCGACAUCGAGGAGCUGUUGCACAAAGUGCAGAUACUGGAGGGUGCUGAAGCCAUUGCCAAGUCAGAUCGCGACGUAGUCGUGAAGAUGAGGCGGAGACGGUAUGGCCUUCUGAAGUCCCUCGCGCGUCCGUCGCCGAGCCCAGAGAUGUACAAGGUCCUGCUGGCGGGUGUCUUUUCAUUGGACCGUGCGUUGUGCUCGCUUGAGUGGUUCCCAGAUCUCUGGCACGCUGCCCUCGGGGAGCAUAUGCUUCUUCAGCGGAAGUUGGCCGAUGCUCAUGCAGACAAGGCCCUCAUUCUGGAAGGAGUCCGACGGCAAGCCUUUGGCUUGCAUCUUCUGUCAGCUUGGUGCAACGAUCGUGACAUAGUCUUCGCGGCAUUGGAGCAGAACGGUUGUGCUUUGCGACAUGCUGCUCCAGCGCUGCAAGCCGAUAUCGAUGUGGUGUCUGCCGCUGUGCGACGGGAUGGCUUCGCGAUAUUUUUCGCAGAUCCAAUGGUGCAAGACACGGAGAUCCUCCUGCCAGCUCUGCAGCAUCACGUUGCGCGAGUGAGGCAGUGGCGAUGCCACGCACAUGCGCUGGAUUGUUGGCAGAUCUUCGAGCUAAUCCAGCAGUGCCUCAUACUAGCCCACAUAUGCCUGGACAAGCUACGGUCGGAUGAAGGCCUUGCUUUGGAGAUCCUCAGAUUGGAGUUUUGCAUGCGAGAGCUGGCGGCGGGCUUUCCUGCACUUCGGGAACUUCUCGCGGCCGAGCUGAAGGAUUCCCUCUUCCAGCUGCCUCGCCGGGAUGAGCUCCUUGCCAAGAAAAUGGCUGACAUCGAGCAGAGUAUUUGUGGAUACGGCAGCGUCAAGGAGAAUUUGUUCUGGCUCCAUCAUGCAUCCGGCGAGCUCCAGAGAGAUCGGCGGCUUGUGCUGCGUGCCUUGAAGCACGACCGCUUCUCCUUGCAGCAUGUUCGCGAGCAUCAUCCAGCUGAUUUCGAGAAGCUCCGACGUGAUCGCCGGGUCGUCCAGGAGGCUCUCAGACACAACUCCCGGGUCCUCGGGUUGGCUUCCGAAGAGCUGAAGGCAGACAAGCGCCUGGUGCUUUUCGCCCUUGCGCAAAACUUUGCAGCCUUCGAAUUUGCACACAAAGACCUACAGUCAAGCAAGCGCUUCGUGCUGUGUGCGGUGCGUGUAGCAGGCCAUGCUCUGCAAUAUGCAGAUGCAAGCCUGCGUGCAGAUGGCGACGUGGUCCUCGAAGCUGUGCGUCAGAAUGUGUAUUCGAUGGAAUUUGCAGCAGACGAGCUGAAGGCAGACAAGGCUUUCAUCUUGAAGGCAAUGAGCAUCAACAGUGCAGCGCUCGAGCUUUCGGCGGAGGUCAUCAAAGCUGACAAGGACUUCAUGCUAGAAGCGCUCAAGCUCAGCACGGAAGCGUUGGGGCGUGCAGACGAGACCAUCAAGUCUGACAAGGAGGUGGUGCUUCGUGCAAUCGAGCAGAACACCCUGGCAGCAUAUGAUGCAGCAGGAUCGGCCUUGGACAAGGAUGUCAUGCAGGAGGCUGCCUGUCGCAAGGGGCCCCUGUGCGGUGAGAUCAUCGCCGAGAUUAAGGAAGCUCGCAAGCUGCCGUUUCGGAGCCGAGAGCCUGAAUGGUUUGUGGAGCUCUACACCUCCAAGUUCUCCUAG